ACACACCACUGAGGGACAACUUGCAGGCAGCCUUCGUAACGUCAUUGCGCUCGGUGGUGGUCCGGUGUCUUCAGCCAUGUCCGCACAGUUGCUGGUCGUCGUGCUCGCCUUCACCUCCUUGAGUGCUGUGGCUGAACCGGCUGCACCUGACUGCAAGGAGCUUGUGAAACCUCUGCAGCUGGACAACCACAGCCCGAUUUUCGGGAAAUGGGUUCUCCACGUGGGCACGUGGGACGAGCCGGGCCUGAAGAGCGACCUGGUGGCAGCGAACAGUUCGUGGAUCGAAUUGUCAGCCUCCUCGCAGAGCAGGACCAUCUCCCUCUACUGGGCUGACCGUCUGAACGACAAUAAAUGUCUUCAGGGGUCAGCUGAUGUCACCGUCUCCGGAAUGACCAGUCACUUCACCUUCAUCAUCAACAACCACACUUCAUAUCAUGACGGCAAAUACUACUCAACCUGCUCCGAGUGCCUCCUGUCCGAAGACACAACCCUCCUCCCGGACGGCAAAUCUAAGGGCCGAUACCUUUUCCUCUUUACCCGAAGUGGUAAGCUGGAGCCAUCCGAAUUGGAGACCUUCAAGAAACAGGCCGCGUGCCUUAAGUUCCUCCCAGACUACCACUUUCUAGACUCAGAUCUGUGUCCAGAUGACAGAAAGACUGUUGCAACCAAUGAGGGGGAGGAGCCUACUGGUUCUGCAAAGUAAAAUGGAGCACGUAGACAGACAAUUAUGUCUUAUUAAACAGACUAAAUGUUCAAAUGUGAUCUUGUGCAGUGGAAUAACUUUUUAGAUGUGUAAAAUGUCGUAGUUUUGUGUGUAUUAUAACAGUGGAUAAUGUAUCUCUUGAGUCUUCAAUUUUGGCAGAAAACACUGGUUAGCUGUGGUUAAAUAAAGUAAUGCAAUUGUC